AUGAGCGGAGUGGCUGGAAGCAGACUGGCAGUCGCUUGUGACUCGUUGCUGGAGGCUUGGGUCAAAUCGGCUUCACAGGCGAUCCGAUGCUGCUCGACCAAACAUAUCCUUCCGGUCGGAGCCGGCUUCAUUGUCUUUGGAACGCCCCUCGACGAAUUCCUUCCGGUCAUCGCCCGGCACAACCCGGCGGUCGCGUGGCUGUCGUUCGGAACGGCCGCUGAGUUCCAGGAAUGGGCAGCCGGAAUACGGCAAUGCUCGCCCCAAACCAAAAUCUGGAUCCAGCUCGGAAGUGUCACCGCUGCGGUGGAGGCUGCUCGCCGCUGCCAACCGGAUGCUCUCGUCCUCCAGGGCAGCGAUGCGGGCGGGCACGGACACGAAAGCGGCGCCAGUAUUGUGUCGCUCAUCCCAGAAGUCGCCGAUGCUCUUCGAGCCAAGAUGCUGCCUGACAUUCCCUUGAUUGCUGCAGGUGGCAUCAUGGACGGCAGGGGUACCGCGGCAGCUCUCGCGCUCGGCGCCUCGGGCGUAGUUAUGGGAACUCGUUUCCUCGGCGCUGAAGAGGCUAGCGUGCCGUCCUCGUUCCGCAACGCCAUACUUGAAGCCUCCGACGGAGGAGAGGCCACAGCCCGAUCCAGAGCGUUUGACGCCAUGUGGGGUCACAACAUGUGGCCUCCCCUCUACGACGGCCGGUGUCUCAAAAACACCACAUAUCAACGUGUCAAGGAUGGCAUGUCGCAUGAUGAGGCGAGGCUCGCGUUGUAUCGGGAUUUAGAGGGCAGAACGGACCAACAAGUUAGCGCUAAGGACUCGAUGACCAUUUGGGCAGGCACCGGUGUUGGCAUGGUCAACAAGGUGGAGAGGGCCGCUGAUAUAGUUUGCCAGGUACGCACAUCGGCUCUCGAGACCAUCGCAGCGCUGGGGACAGCAAUGGGAGGGAGAGGCGGCCUGAUCGGUAAUCUGCCAUGA